CCCAAACUUCGAUCUCAGCAUUCACUUCUAUCCAGUUGCUCAGUACAUCAGAGCAGCGCUGAAUUCCCCAAGAGUUUCCUGCACAUCCUGAGAGCGCUACUCCACGGGCAAGAUGUCAUCAGGAAGCUGGAAUGCUGUGAAGAAAAAUGCAUAUACAGCAGUCAAAGCAGAUCCAGAUGAAGACUAUUGUACCCCAGGGGCAUUUGAACUGGAGAGGCUCUUGUGGAAGGGAUGCCCAAAGUACACUCACGUCAAUGAAGUCUGGCCCAACCUCUACAUCGGAGACGAAAAAACGGCGCUGGAUCGCUACAGCCUGGAGAAGGCGGGAUUCACCCACAUCCUCAACGCGGCCCACGGGCAGCGCAACGUGGACACCGGACCAGAAUACUACAACAGCAUGAGCGUGGAGUACCAUGGCGUGGAGGCAGAUGAUCUUCCCACGUUCAACCUCAGCCAGUUCUUUUAUUCGGCUUCCAAAUUCAUUGAUAAUGCGCUUCAGGAUGAAAGAAGCAAGGUGCUGGUUCACUGCGCUAUGGGCCGCAGCCGCUCAGCCACGCUGGUCUUGGCUUACCUGAUGAUUUACAAGAACAUGACAGUGGUGGAUGCCAUUGAGCACGUGUCAAGGCACCGCUGCAUCCUGCCAAACCGGGGCUUCUUGAAGCAGCUGAGAGAACUGGACAUAGCGCUGGCGCUGCAGAGGAGGAACAGCAAGAACAGCCUAGCACCUGCUGAGCAGCAGAACAGCACCACCAUCUAGUACUGUCCUGGCACAGCUGUGCUACUGGAAAAGAAACUCCAUAAAAGCAGGGGAGGGGAAGGAGUAGUUAAUUACACAGUCACAAGCAUCAUUUGUUAUUUGCUGGAAGAAAAAAAAAAAAAAGACAACAAAAUGAAGUAAUUUCAAAUACAAUGUCAAGAUGAGAAAGAAGGGAAACCAAAUUUAAAAUUCAUCGUCUUAGAAAGUUCCAGCCUUAGCAGAACUGUUACGUUAACAAAUAAGUUUUUCUCUCUGCAAAAAAACCCCAAACAUUUACAUCACAAAAGCAAGCACAUCUUAAAACUCUCCUCUAGCUGAGUACCCCCAAAAUCCUGAUCCUAACUCAAGCCCACAGCCUUUAACAGAGUGCAGAUAGGCACUUCUGAAGACAUGUUGCAGGAAAAAUACUGACUUGUUUAAUCCAGAGUCCUGAAAGGUUUCACAUGAGUUUGCCUUUUUGUGCUGUUUCCUGGCAAUUCUUUUUUUCACAGUGAUAAUCCAGGGCAGCACAGCAGUUACACAGCCUCUACGUGAGGCUCAACUACACCAUGAGAAUGAGAAACAAAGCAACAGCCUUGAGAAAGGUCAGAUGCAUGAGCAGCUAUGAUGGACAACAAUUCAAGGAGAUACAUACACGUGACAUUUUAGGACUUUCAGUUUUAAAUUGCUUAACUUGUCCUAAAUCCUUCAACUGCCUGAAUCAUGUCCUUUACGUUGUUACGAUGAAGUUCAACGCUGAACUUGUAGAGCUCCAACAGCCCCGUAACUAAUAAUGGAUUACAACCAGUUCUAAUGAGAUUUAGCAAAGGCAAGAGACACCAUUGAAGCCUUUAAAAAAUGCCUCUCAGUGACCUAACAGCAGAAGAAAGUUGCUGCAGUGCUUCCAGACACCAUUCAGAUCUAUCACUACCCAAAUGUUUCCUCCUAUCUCAGCUUUAGCCACCUCAAUAGGUCAUUGUGCUCCCACAUAGUUACGUUGUUAAUAAUUGCAUCUGUUGACAGAAGUGCUGCUAAUACACUAAUGGGGACACCAGACCAUUUUUCUGCCUUAACUUACUCCAUUUACCCUCUUUGAUAUAAAUUAUCAUCAACUGUAUUUUGAAACAAUGAGUUUUGCCCGCAUUUGAUAUUCUUAAAAUGUACUUCAGGGGAGGAUCGCAAUUAAGCCACAUUUACCUUUGCUGCAUCUGCAAAAGGAGAGGUCAUCACCCUCACUGUCAGAAUUUUACCUAAUUGAAUGUAUCAGAUAGGAGGCAUUUGCUCAGUGCUGAGAGGAAUGACAUGGCCAUCAAGCACACAGGAGAGUUCUCUUGGUCUUUACCAGCUGACAAAAGAUUUUGCAACUUCGGUACAGCAUGAACUGCCUAAGUCUGGAUACUUGAAAAAAAAAAUACAGAGCAGUAAUGUGCCAUUGAGAACUGCAAGGAUAUGCCAUUAACCAGAGCUAAGCACAACUUAAUAUAUUUUUGUAGAUUUUAACAGUGCUUCACAGGCUUGACUCCUCUAGUGCAAAGGCUUUUGUAUUCCUCCACCUCCUUUUGGGGCCCAAAACCCAGUAAAUCAUUCAUCUCCAAACAGUAACUGAAGCCUUAGCUACAGUUAACCAUAAUGCAACACUUUUGAUUUAUCAUUUAGAUUUAGCUGCAUAAUAAACACCUUAUCUUUAAAUUCUCAGAAAAGCAGACCACAUUUAACAUAUCUAAACUACUGCUAAAAACCAAAUUAGGUAUCACAGUGUGAACAACAUUCACAAUAGAGAUACACAGACUCUGGGACUUUGCACAAAUUACCUAUCCCUAUGCCUGUGUUAGGAGGGGAAAAAAACCAUUGGAAAAAAAUAUCCAGAAACGACAGGGUACUUGAAGGAAGAAAUUUGACAUUUCAAAAAUAAAUAAUCACUCACAAUGUGGGUUUAGAGUAAAAAUAUUUUUGGAUGGGGUCCCUCAACUCAUUUCCACCUACUUCCACAGACCUUCAAGUGCACCUUUUCGCACCACCUUAUUGCGUGGUGCAGUUUAAUUCACACAGACAACAGAACUGUUCGAGCUGCUUUGCGUGGCCCUGCUUUCUUUUACCUUGGCAGGGAAAGCUGAAUGUUUCUUAGCAUUUGCUUUACAGACACACAGUAAUUCUGUACCAAAUGAUAAACUAGAAGAUAAUAAGGAUCUGUGAGGAUUUCUCUUUGUCAAGAUACAGGUUGUCUUCUUUCUUGAAUCCUGCAUGAGAACUUGAUGACUGCUGUAACUGAAAGAGGAUUUGUCAUUGAUUUACAUUAAUAAUUGAGCACCCUCAGCACUACACAAAAUUGCCAGGGCUAUUCUUUCUAUUUACCAUGCUGAUAUAAAUGGAGUUUGUGUUUCCACCAACCACUCUGCCACAUGGACAAAUUAAACAGCUUAUAAAACUGAGAGACACAGACAGUGAUCUAACAUGGAAGAUUAGUACCUUUAACAGUUCUUUGUUUCUUCUGCUUGUAUCAGAGAUUCUUAAAAUGUUAGCAAAAUAUUGGUUGCAUUUUGUCCACUGCUAGGGCAUCAGGCAGGUCUGUGUGCAACAACACUCAAGGGUGAGUGCAGCUUCCAGAUGAAGUCUGUCCUGCUCCAAAGACAAGUAUCUUUCCUAGAACCAGGUCUUGCCUGAAGGACUCUGCUGGCACAGCUGUGCCAAUUAAGCAGUUCUGAAGUCAUGUACUUUUCAUUUACUUCCCAGCUUUUUUUGCCUACUGUUCUCCCAGAUUUAAUGAGACUUAAUCAGAAAAGCAGAAGUUCUGGAACAUGUGACUUCCACAAAGUGAGGCAACUCUCCAAGCUGCUCAUCAGUUGAGUCACAAAUGUCAGCAGCACUGACUCCAGCUACAAGCCAGGUCUGCGGGAGACACACACUGAACGUGGCAAGUUUGUUUCCUUCUUGCCAACCACCAGAGGAGCAUUCUCUAAGAGUGCACGGCCAAGGAAGCCUCCUGCCUUUGACAAGAAUCAUCUAUUGCACUUCUGUGAGGAAUUUUCGGAAGACAGUAAAAGCAAGAGCUCAUUCCUCUCUGGGAUGGUGCUAGAGCACACAGUCAGAACUGACACGGCAAGGAGCAUACAGGUGAGAGAACAAGUACAUCUGUCAAAGAAUCUUCUUAUUUAUCAGAAAUUUUAGUGCUGUAAUGCAGUUCACAGCUACACAGUUGUUAUGUGAAAGGACGUAGGAUAGUCCCUUGUCUUCCUAAAAGGAAAUAAAUUCUGAAGUAACAAAAUUAUAUUGGAAACUUGCCUGUUGUGCGCACACUAUGCAUCAUUUAUCAACCAACUCUUAACCCUUGGUAUUGUAAAUACAGCAUUUUAGCAAUAUGCUGGAAUCAUGACGCUCUGUUUCAGGUUAGGAAAUAUUUGAAACGGUAA